UGUCAUUCAGCUGAGCGCACAAAGGUGAGCGCACCGUCAGCCAUAUUCCCACCACAGGACUACGUGCUUAUUCUCGCGGAGGGAGGGGAGAUUUUCGGGCGAAACUGGACUUAUCUGACUCACCGCAGACUAAACAGCUCUGGAGGUUCUGUGGAAAGGUCUGAAUUGUUUGAGAAGCUUUGAGACACUGACAAGAGAUCUACAACAGGAUUUAAAAUGCCGAAACCUCUAAAUGUUCGCGUCACUUCGAUGGACGCUGAGCUGGAGUUUGCCGUUCAGCCCAGUACAACUGGCAAGCAGCUCUUUGACCAGGUAGUGAAGACCAUAGGAUUACGUGAAGUAUGGUACUUCGGACUUCAGUAUAUGGACACCAAAGGGUAUUUUACAUGGUUAAAACUUGACAAAAAGGUCUCCUCUCAAGAUGUAAAGAAGGAGAACCCUCUCCAGUUUAAGUUCCGUGCCAAGUUCUUUCCAGAAGAUGUGUCGGAGGAGUUGAUCCAGGAGAUAACUCAGAAGCUGUUCUUCAUGCAGGUGAAGGAUGGCAUUCUCAGUGAUGAGGUCUACUGUCCUCCAGAAACUGCUGUGCUUCUGGCCUCUUAUUCAGUGCAGGCCAAAUUUGGUGAUUUCAACAAGGAAUUGCACCGGCCUGGAUACCUGACAUCUGAUCGCCUCCUGCCCCAACGGGUUCUAGACCAGCAUAAGUUAUCGCGGGACCAGUGGGAGGAGAGGAUUCAGGUGUGGCAUGAGGAACACCAUGGAAUGCUGAGAGAGGAUGCAAUGCUGGAGUAUUUGAAAAUUGCUCAGGAUCUAGAAAUGUACGGCGUGAACUAUUUUGACAUCAAGAACAAGAAGGGAACAGAGCUGUGGCUGGGUGUGGAUGCCCUGGGCUUAAAUAUCUAUGAGAAAGAGGACAAACUCACUCCGAAAAUUGGAUUUCCCUGGAGUGAAAUAAGAAACAUCUCCUUCAGUGAUAAGAAGUUUGUCAUCAAGCCUAUUGAUAAAAAAGCUCCAGAUUUUGUGUUCUACGCUGCCCGUUUGCGCAUAAAUAAACGUAUCCUACAGCUGUGCAUGGGGAACCAUGAGCUGUACAUGCGCCGCAGGAAGCCGGACACCAUCGAGGUGCAACAGAUGAAAGCCCAGGCUCGAGAGGAGAAACAGCAGAAACAGUUGGAGAGAGCUCAGCUGGAGAAUGAGAAGAAGAGACGAGAGACCAUAGAGAGAGAGAAAGAGCAGAUGGAGAAAGAGAAACAGGAUCUCAUGAUGAAACUCUACCAGUUUGAGGAGAAGACCAAAAAAGCAGAGAAAGACCUGCAGGUGCAGAUGCAGAGGGCCAUGCAGUUAGAGCAUGAGCGGAAACUGGCAGAGGAGGCGGCCAACAGAUUGGAGUUAGAGAGGCAGGCCGCCCUGCUCGCAAAAGAGGAACUGGCCCGACAUGCUCAGGAUCAGCUGAAGGGCCAAGAACAGCUGGCCGCAGAGCUGGCAGAACAUACUGCUCGGAUUGCACUCCUGGAAGAGGCCAAAAGACGCAAGGAGGAGGAGGCUGUGGCAUGGCAGCAGAGAGCGCAGGUAGCCCAGGAUGACCUGGCGAAAACCCGCGAGGAGCUUUACACUGCAGUUUCAACUACACCUCUCCCUCCACCACCACCUGCCUAUGACCACUAUAUGAAUGAGUAUGAAGAUGGGGGGGAGAGCGCCAGUAGCUACAGUGCAGACCUGCAAAGUGAAGGAAUUGAUGACCACCGCUACGAAGAGCAGCGAAUCACUGAGGCAGAGAAGAACGAACGAGUGCAGAAACAGCUGAUGGCUCUGACUUCAGAGUUGGCUCAUGCUCGUGACGACACCAAGAAGACUCAGAACGACCUGCUGCAUACAGAGAACAUGCGUGCCGGCCGAGACAAAUAUAAAACUCUCCGGCAGAUCCGCCAGGGUAACACGAAGCAGAGAAUUGACGAGUUUGAGGCCUUGUAAAAUAUUCAGAGCAGGAAAUGAGACUUUGGGAGGAAAGGAAGCAAUGAGUCUUAAAGCCCUUGUCUGUUUUUUUUUUUUUCUCUCCCUACGUCUGAGUGGUCAGUGCAAGAGCCACAACCUGUGUACAACACGCACACUUUACAAAUGCAACAGCUGUGAUUAGAUUGGAGUUCAACGCACAAAAACGAAAUGAUUAAAAACUAAUAAUAAUUCUCAAGGAUCCUUGUCACUAAAUGAAAUUUACAUACAAUGCUGUACAUCGGAUUUCCCAAACACACGUCACUGACUUUUUUACAGGCGAAGCAGAAAUGAAUAUUUUUUUGCCAUGAAAAUAUGAACCUCCAUAUUUCAACACGUGCCAACAAUGCACCCCAUUUUGUUAUUUACGUGAUUGUUUGAAAUUCGGAAAUCUGACCUAAUUAUAGUUUAAACCAGUUAUGGGUUGAAAAAAAAAGGGUUGAUUUGGGAAAUAAAAAAUACAUAUACAUUUUGUCUUGUUAAUAUUCCACUCAGCGCAGGGCUUGGCAGUAUGAUCUUAAAACUUUUAUGUAUUGUCCUAUAUUAAACCUUUCAUUCAUGUUGAA